CUUAUUUACUAUCUUUCUGUUAUCAAGUAUAAUCCAAUUUCAAAUUAAUUUAGUCAUAUUUUGUAGCAGUUCUAUUUGGACAUUGAAAAGGUACUUACAUCAAGAUGAGAACUGUGACUCUGCUUGCACUAUUUCUCUUGGGCGUCAAUGCUCUGCCCGAAUUCGACACACAACUCGCAAAUGAACGUCAGGCUCGGCUCGUUACUGGUCAAAUCAUUGAAGGAAUUGAGGAAAUUAGCCAGGCUAUAAGGGACAUGGGUCUGGAUCCUAUAUCUAUAGAGAAGGAAACACUGGAAUAUGAGCUGCCUGUACCUGUGAUCUUUAACGCGGCAGCCGAGGUGGAAGAUUUCAGAAGCUUUGGUAUCAGUGACAUUGUCGUUGAGAGAAUGGACUUAAGUAUAAUCUUUUCUCGAGUUGAUUUCCAUAUAGUACUGCCUCACAUUCACUUCUUUGCUCGUAAAGCAAAAGGUGAAGUCACUUUGUUCGGCGAAAAAUUGACUGCAGAGGGAGACGGCAAUCUCGAUAUCAGAAAUAUAGAUGUGGUUGGACGUGUGAAUUACAGACUUCGACCUAUCUCUGGUGUAACCCUAACUAACCUGGAUAUAGAUUUUAAAAUUGGACAAAUUAGAUCUUUCAUUCGGCUAGCCAUCCAGGGACAGAAUUACUCACCACAAAUCACCAAUUUUAUCAACAACCAAAUUCCUGCCACUUUGGAUGAAUUCAGUGCCGAAAUCAACGAACUUCUCGAGAUUGUCCUUCUGGACAUGAUCAAUGAAAACCUCUAAUCAACCUGGACGAGAACAAAUAAUUUCAAUAAAUAUAUGGACUGUUUUGAAAAGAA